AUGCCACACACUACCGCCCCAAUUCCCCGCCUAAUCUAUGGCACAGCCUGGAAGAAAUCCCAAACGGCCCCCCUAGUCGCCUCCGCCCUCGCCGCCGGCUUCCGCGCCGUCGACACCGCCGCGUCCCACCACUACUCGGAAGAAGGCGUCGGCGAUGGUCUCCGCACGUUUCUGUCUCAGACGUCGGCAGCGGGAAUGCCGCCGGCACACGGCAUCACCCGCGCCGGGCUCUACAUCCAGACUAAAUUCUCCCCUUCGCCUUCGAACCUGCCCAUCCCGGAGCAGGUGCACAAGUCCAUCGCCUCGUCGUUGAAGAACCUCGCCGUCGGGAGCAACUUGUUCGCGCCAUCGCCCUCGCCGUCGCCCGCCAGCGAUAGCAACAACGCCGCCGACGACGACGAGGAAUUCUACCUGGACUGCGUUCUCCUACACGCCCCCUACCCAUCCUACGAGGACACCCUCCUCGCCUGGCGCGCCCUAGAAACCUACGUGCCCACCCGUAUCCGCACCCUCGGCAUCUCCAAUGUCGACCUCGCCGAGCUCCGGGACCUCUGCGACAAGGACGCCCGCGUGAAGCCCGUCGUCGUGCAGAACCGGCUGAACCCGGAGGAAGGGUUCAACACCCCCGUCCGCGUCUUCUGCCGCGAAAGGGGCAUUAAUUUCCAGUCCUUUUGGACCCUGACGGCGAACCCGCGCCUGGUGAGGAGUCCGUUCGUCGGGCAGGUCGCCAGGGGGGCGCGGGUGAGUAACGAGAUUGCGUUUUACGGACUGGUGCUGGGGUUGAGGGGUGUGAGUGUGCUAGAUGGGACUACGAACGAGGUCAGGAUGAAGGAGGACCUCGAGGGUGUGGAAAAGGUGACUGCUUGGGCAGAUGGUGAUGGCGGCACGGUGUGGCAGGAGAGUUUGGCGGCUUUCAAAGCAGUGCUUGGUGAUCCUGAGGCACUCUGA